AUGGAGUGGCGAAGCACCUUGGACAUUCCCGAGGAGAGUGCUGCAAGCUCGCCUGGCAGCCGGCAGUCCUCUCGCAGCGGCUCCCAGGGCCCCUCCACCGACGUCGCGCGCCGGCCACGGUCGCAGUCCAGAAGACGCAUGAGUCGUACUGAUUGGAUCCUGGGACGCUUGGGCGGCGUCUCAUCCACGGCGGACGACAAGAGCAAUGGGAACCUCUUCGUGUCGGCGAUGCGCUCCUUCUUCGCCAACGCCAUCCGCAUGGCGAAGCUUGAGGCAGACCCGGUGCAACGUGUCAUCGAGGCGUUCGCAGAAGCUCUGGUGGCUGAUGCCGCCUUCCUCUCAUGCUUCGAGGCCUCGAUGCUACCAGAGGCUGAGCGGCAGACCUACCGCACCCCGGAUGAAGUCCUGUUUGGGCUUGCAUACACGACGUUGAUGCUGAAUACAGACAUGCACAACAAGCAGGUGGCCCAAAAGAUGUGGGACAACAAGAAAUUCGUGGGUGCUGGCAAAGGCUGUGGCGUGACUGGUGGCUUAAUGGCUCAGAUCUACAAGAACAUCCAGGGUGAGGAGAUUUGA